AUGGAACCAAAUCAGAAGUUGUCUAAGGAGAAUGGAGUUUUGUUAGAAGAUGUUAAGCAGUAUCGCAAAUUGGUUGGGAAGCUUCAGUAUUUUACCAAUACUAGACCUGACAUCGCAUAUGCAGUUUCUAAGCUAGCUCAGUUUUCUUGUGCUCCAACUGAUGUUCAUUUGAAGGCUGUCCAUAAGGUGUUGAGAUAUCUUAAAGGUACUAUUGGACAGGGUGUGUUCUAUGGAGUAGAAGAUAACUUUGACUUGCGAGGAUUCUCUGAUUCUGAUUGGGGAGGUUGCCCUGAUGAUAGAAGAUCAGUUACGGGUUAUACGAUGUUCCUUGGUAAUUCUUUGGUGUCUUGGAGAUCACAGAAGCAGGACAUUGUGUCGAUGAGUACUGCUGAAGCGGAGUAUCGUGCUAUGAGCAUGGCCACUAAGGAGAUUAUGUGGUAUUGUGGUAUUCUUAAGUCACUUCGUGUUCCGUUCUCUCCUCCUCCUUACUUAUACUGUGAUAACACAGUUGCUCUUUACAUAGCUACCAACUCUAUUUUUCAUGAGCGAACCAAACAUGUGGAGUUUGAUUGCCAUAAGGUGAGAGAGUGCAUUGUUCGUGGUAUCUUGAAGACGAUGUAUGUUCGUACUGAUAAUCAGCUAGCCGAUGUAUUGACUAAGGCAUUAUACCCAGCUCCAUUUCGAGAUAUCAUUAGCAAGAUGGGUGUUCUUAACCUUUAUACACCUUCAUCUUGA